AGGGAGGCUGUGUCGGGCAUCAAUUCCAAAUUAUUCGUGAAAAUUGAGACUUCGUCUCUGUAAUUCUCUCAGAUCCAUCGUAUUUCCAUUUUCUGGGGAAAGUGUGUGACAGUAAUGGAAAAAAUGAACAGAGCCUUUGAGAAAGUUAAGAAAAUGGUGGGAGUGGAGGUGGAAGACGAACAACAAACUGCAGCAUUGGAGGAGAGCAACUCAUUCGCCUUUAUGGAUGAAUUUAAUCAGAACUGCACGUUGUCCACCAAGCAGAGAUUAUACGGCUUUGCCAUAUGCUUUGUUGCUGGGUUUACUUUUACACUAUUGUCAAUGCUUGUUUUCUUCAAUCCAAUCAAGUUUGGGAUAACAUUCACUCUUGGCAAUUUGCUAUCACUUGGAAGCACAGGAUUUCUCAUUGGUCCCAAGAGGCAGUUGACAAUGAUGCUUGAUCCUGUUCGUAUCUAUGCAACCGCUAUAUACCUAGCAAGUAUGAUAAUCGCCUUAUUUUGUUCUCUUUAUGUUCGUAACAAACUUUUGACACUUCUAGCAAUUAUUUUGGAGUUUGGGGCGCUAAUUUGGUAUGACAAAAAUUUUCAUGAAUUUCCUAUCCUUAGUAAAUAUCAUUUAACGUUGGUUCUCCGCAUUUGCCCUCUGCAUGCAGCAGAUAAAUUUAGAGAGAGAAAGAGGAAGACAGAUAGCAGAUAGGACUCGUUGAAUUAGGCCCAUGCCCUUUCUCCUCACUCUUUUCUCUCUCCAAAUUUGCUUUUUGGUUUUACCUGAGAAUCUGAAUUUAAUAUCUUUCCCUGUGUUCCUAUUGAUAGAUUUGUAAAAUUGCUUUAACCGUAUACUUAAAGAAGAUAUAUUUGACAUGGCAAGCUGAACUUUCUCUGCCAAAGAUGUGCUUUUAUUUGAAUACUUAAGGUUAGGAAGAUAAGACCACGUAAGUCGGCCUAUUCUCACUGUGAUCCAUGCUCAAGAGUGUCUGCUUAACAAAAAUUUGAGUACCAUUUCAACAAUUGAAUUUAAAUUGCAAGAAUGAAAUGUGAUGAUCCCAUUUUGAUAUCAUGCUCAUCAAUACUACUGCAUUUUGAUAAUUCACCCCAUUUCUGAUCUUGUGGUUGACAGGUAUAGCUUGAGCUACAUCCCUUUCGCAAGAGCCAUGGUUUCAAAAAUCAUGGUUGCUUGUUUUGACACUGAC